GUGCCCCGGAAGCGGAAGUGUAUCCUUUUCAUAAGAGGGUGGACUACGCCGAGUGGUGACGUUUCCUCAUUGGGCGGAAGGUUCGGUGGCAAUCGUCGGUCUUCCAGCUGGUGGGAGUUGGCGUCGUGGUGCUGGGCGCUGGAGCCCUAGUUUGUAUAGUUUGGGAAGUCGGGCUGUGGGAUCGCAUCUGUCUGUCUGAUCCUUGCUUUUCUUGGUUUCCUCCCACGUUGCGGGGGCCUCGCGAAGGAAUCCCCGGCCCCUUUGGGCCACAGCGGUAGCGGUGCCUUUUGCGGUGAGGAAAGUGAGGCUCAGAGAGAUUAAGUAACUUGCCCACAGUAACUCAGCCAGUAUGUAACAGAGCUGGGUUUGAAUCCAAGUCUGUCAGACUCCAAAGCCCAUGCUCUUUCCAGUACUUCACACUGCAGCAGAUUUUCUUGUAAUCACAUCUAUCAAAGCCUUCAAGAUGGUACUAGCAGACCUUGGAAGAAAAAUAACAUCAGCAUUACGCUCAUUGAGCAAUGCCACCAUUAUCAAUGAAGAGGUAUUAAAUGCUAUGCUAAAAGAAGUAUGUACAGCAUUAUUGGAAGCAGAUGUUAAUAUUAAACUAGUGAAGCAACUAAGAGAAAAUGUAAAGUCUGCUAUUGAUCUUGAAGAGAUGGCAUCUGGUCUUAACAAAAGAAAAAUGAUUCAGCACGCUGUAUUUAAAGAACUUGUGAAGCUUGUAGACCCUGGAGUUAAAGCAUGGACACCCACUAAAGGAAAACAGAAUGUGAUCAUGUUUGUUGGAUUGCAAGGGAGUGGUAAAACAACAACAUGUUCAAAGUUAGCAUAUUAUUACCAGAGGAAAGGUUGGAAGACCUGUUUGAUAUGUGCAGACACAUUCAGAGCAGGAGCUUUUGACCAACUAAAACAGAAUGCUACCAAAGCAAGAAUUCCAUUCUAUGGAAGCUAUACAGAAAUGGAUCCUGUUAUCAUUGCCUCUGAAGGAGUGGACAAAUUCAAAAAUGAAAAUUUUGAAAUUAUUAUUGUUGAUACAAGUGGCCGCCAUAAACAGGAAGACUCUUUGUUUGAAGAAAUGCUUCAAGUCGCUAAUGCUAUACAACCUGAUAACAUUGUUUAUGUGAUGGAUGCCUCCAUUGGGCAGGCUUGUGAAGCCCAGGCAAAGGCUUUUAAAGAUAAAGUAGAUGUAGCCUCGGUCAUAGUGACAAAACUUGAUGGGCAUGCAAAAGGAGGCGGUGCACUCAGUGCAGUUGCUGCCACAAAAAGUCCAAUUAUUUUCAUUGGUACAGGGGAACACAUAGAUGACUUUGAACCUUUCAAAACACAGCCUUUCAUCAGCAAGCUUCUUGGUAUGGGUGACAUUGAAGGACUGAUAGAUAAAGUCAAUGAGUUGAAGUUGGAUGACAAUGAAGCGCUUAUAGAGAAGUUGAAACAUGGUCAGUUUACGUUGCGAGACAUGUAUGAACAAUUUCAAAAUAUCAUGAAAAUGGGCCCCUUCAGUCAGAUCUUGGGGAUGAUCCCUGGUUUUGGAACAGAUUUUAUGAGCAAAGGAAAUGAACAGGAGUCAAUGGCAAGGCUAAAGAAAUUAAUGACGAUAAUGGAUAGUAUGAAUGAUCAAGAACUUGACAGUACUGAUGGUGCCAAGGUUUUUAGUAAACAACCAGGAAGAAUCCAAAGAGUGGCAAGAGGAUCAGGUGUGUCGACUAGAGAUGUCCAAGAACUUUUGACACAAUAUACCAAAUUUGCACAGAUGGUAAAAAAGAUGGGAGGUAUCAAAGGACUUUUCAAAGGUGGUGACAUGUCUAAGAAUGUGAGUCAGUCACAGAUGGCAAAAUUGAAUCAACAAAUGGCCAAAAUGAUGGAUCCAAGAGUUCUGCAUCACAUGGGUGGUAUGGCAGGACUUCAGUCAAUGAUGAGGCAGUUUCAACAGGGUGCUGCUGGCAAUAUGAAAGGCAUGAUGGGAUUCAAUAAUAUGUAAAGAAGAUGCCUUAAUAUAAACUGACUCAGUUGAUUACAUUAUUUGCUGAGACCUCAGAGUUUCCCUCCUUUUUGCAAACAGGAAAAAAAAAAGUAUUUUUCUUGCCUGUCUUGCUCUUUUUCUUCUUCUCAUCUUUUUUCCCCCUCCUUUUCUUCUUCCUUCCUUCUUUUCUCCUUCCCUUUGAUAUAAGGGAGGAAUAUAUAGUUUUUGUGGAAAUCAUUCUAUUUUUGCUUUAGAUUUUCUUCUGUUAGUGUUCACCACCAUAAUACUUCUUAAGUUAAACAAAUCAUGAUGUAAAAUUUAGUACUUAAAAGUUUUUAAUUGUCUCAAAGGCCAAGCAUUACAUUUGUAAACAGUCCUGGUCAGUAGUUACAUGAUGUCUCAAUAAAAGUGCUGUAAAAUAAACUUCAAACUCGUUAUAAAUUAA